AUGGUGAAGCUACUACUCGCGACUGAGCUACUGGAUAUCGACUCCAGGGACUCUUAUGGCCAUACGCCACUCUCCAAGGCAGCCUUAGAAGGCCAGGAGUCGGUGGUGAAGCUAUUACUCGCGACUGGCCGAGUUGAUAUCAAUACAAAGGAUAUCCAGGGUAACACCCCGCUGCAUCUGACUGCGUCCAAGGGCUACGAGGCAGUGAUGAAGCUAUUACUCGCGACCGGGGUAGCGGAUAUCAACUGUAGGGACUCUUUUGGUUGCACGCCACUAUCCGAGGCAAUUUUAGCAGGCCACGAGUCGACAGUGAAGCUAUUACUCCCGACUCGGCUAGUGGAUGUCAAUAUAAAGGACCGCAACGGCCACACACCGUUAUCUUGGGCGGCCCAGGAUGGCCAUGAAGUGAUAGUGAACCUAUUACUAGAGACUGGGCGGGUUAAUGUCAACACGGAGGAUAACAAAGGUUGGACGCCGCUGCAGUGGGCUGUGCUGAAGGGCCAUAAAUCGGUGGUAAAGCUAUUGCUCGCGACUGGUCAAGUCGAUGUCAACGCGAAGGACCUUCGAAGUUGCACAGCGCUACAUUGGGCUGCGUUGACGGGCCACGAAACAGUGGUAAAUCUGCUACUGACGACUGGACAGGUAGAUCUCAACUCAAGGGACCACUACGGCCGUUCCCCAUUUCACUGGGCGGCUCUUGAGGGCCACGAAGGGACAGUGAAACUGUUCCUUGAGAACCCGCAGGUGGAUAUUAACCUAAAGGACUACCACGGUCGUUCCCCCCUAUCCCUAGCGGCGCAUGAUGGCCGCAAGGCGAUAGUGAAGCUAUUACUUGAAACUGGGCGGGUAGAGAUUGACCAAAACGACCACUAUGGUCAUUCCCCGUUGUCGGCGGCGGCGAGUAAAGGCUAUGAAUCGACAGUGAAGCUACCUCUUGAGAAUGGACAGGUGGAUGCCGAAUCUAGUGUUAGAUAUUCUAGUGAUUGA